AUGGAAUCCCAAAUUAAUUGUCAAAUUCUUCCUUCACUCGUCUCCUCCUUCGUCGACACUUUCGUCGAUUUCUCUGUCAGUGGCGGCCUUUUCUUACUUCCCGAACCAAACCCAAACUUGGAUCUGAUUACAUCCCAGAAUGCAAAAAAUUCGAAGGAUCCAGCAUGCUUGCCUCCUUUACAGACUGUAUUUGCACAACCGUCUCGCCUUAUUGCCAUUGGGGACCUCCAUGGGGACCUUUAUAAGGGCAAACAGGCGUUAAGGCUUGCAGGUCUGAUUGACCUGAAUGGUCGGUGGUCCGGCGGGUCAAGUACUGUUGUACAGGUGGGGGAUAUUCUGGACCGAGGUGGGGAUGAGAUUAAGUUGUUGUACUUCUUUGAGAAAUUGAAGAGGGAGGCUGCGAAAGUUGGUGGGAGGAUCAUUACGAUGAAUGGGAAUCAUGCGAUUAUGAAUAUUGAUGGGGAUUUUCGAUUGGUGACGUCUGAUGGACUAAAGGAGUUUGAAAAUUGGGCUAUGUGGCUACGUGUCGGGAAUUGCAUGAAGAAAAUGUGCGGUGGUUUGGAUGGGAAUGGUGUAAUUGAUGAUCCAUUUGAUGGGAUGCCUAUGGAAUUUCGUGGAAUUAAGCCGGAGUUGUUGAAUGGUGUUAGAGCACGAAUGGCUGCACUGCGACCAAAUGGAUUGAUUGCGAAAAGGUUCUUGUCGAAGAAUGUUGGGGACUCAGUGUUUGUGCAUGGUGGGUUAUUGCCGAAGCAUGUGGUUUAUGGAUUGGAUCGCGUGAACGAGGAGGCGAGGGAUUGGAUUCUUGGUUUGAAGUUGAAGGUGGCCAAUCAGUUGAGGAUGAUCAUGGGGCAUACGAUUCAGAAACAUGGGAUUAAUGGGGUUUGCAGUAACCAAGCCAUAAGAAUCGACGUUGGAAUGUCGAGGGGGUGUACUAAUGGAUUACCGGAGGUUUUGGAGAUCAAUGAUAAAUCAGAGGUCAAGAUUUUGACAUCAAAUCCUCUGUAUUGGAAAGGAUAUGAAGCUUCUUUAAGUGCUAAUAAAGUAGAUGGACUUCGUUCAUUGAUCCCUGAACAAAGAGCAAACCAAGUAGAAACUAAUGAUACAAGCCAGAAAAUUCUUAGACUUCAAGUGGUCACAUUGCUCUUCCACAAUGGAACUGAUGAGUAA